ACUCUGUGCGCGCUCCCGCCGGUGCGUUUGGAGCAGCUGUCUGUCGGAUAGGAGCAGUAGUCCCGCACAGACGCGGGGACAUGGGCGCAGUGUGAUUAUUUCUUUCUUUUCAUGAGAAACCCCUCAGUCGGAUUUCACUUUAACAACCAGAACCGCUGUGUCUGCGGGACUUCUCGGAGGUUUUUGCUCCCAUGUGUGGCUCAGAGUGUGUUUCCACAGACGGGCAUGCUUUUAUCAUUGUCUUUGUUUGAUAUGAGACGGGAUUAAAAGAUCUCCGGCAGCGGACCAGACAGCCCGCUUUAGUGAAGGGAGGCUAAUUUAGGCUUGAGCCUAACUUUUUCUCGGGGCAGGGAUGUCUUCGGCUCGGGUGGAUUACAUUGCGCCCUGGUGGACUUACUGGCUUCACAAUUUUCCUCAUAUCAACCUGAGGUUUCAGCCCACUGACAAUAGCUUCCAGCCCGAAGAAGAAAACUACCAGCAGUCUCUAAUAUUCCUGGGCUGUGUGGCGGCGGCGGGGCUCGGCCUCAACCUGCUGUGUCUGGCCAUCUACCUGAGCUGUUUGUGCUGCUGCCGCAAAGACGAAGAGGAGGAGAGCAAGAAGCCCAACUCCUGCUGUGUCACCUGGUCCGCUGUCGCUGCCGGCCUCAUCACAUGCGUCGCAGUGGGUGUGGGUUUCUAUGGCAACAGCGAGACCAAUGACGGCGUGUACCAGUUGACCUACUCCCUGUACAAUGCCAAUCACACACUGGGCGGUGUGGACAGUCUGGUGACUGGCACCAUGGGCAGCAUGAAAAGUGGCCUGCACCAGCACCUCGCAAGGCUGGAUGAGAUCUUUGCCACGCGGGGCGACUACGUGCAGACCCUGCAGUUCAUGCAGCAGAUGGCUGACAACGUGAUCAAACAGCUGCUUGGUUUGCCUGACUGGGAGGAGGCUAAAGUGGACCUGGCAUCCAUCGCUGAUCAAACGGCAAACAUAGAGUACUACAGGUGGCUCAGCUACCUGCUGCUCCUCAUCGUGGACCUGAUCAUCUGCCUGCUGGCCUGUCUGGGACUGGCCAAGCAGUCUCGCUGGCUGCUUACCACGAUGAUGGUUUUUGGAGUGCUGACGCUGGUCCUGAGCUGGACUUCCCUGGGAGCUGACCUGGCCACUGCUGUGGGCACAAGUGAUUUCUGUGUGUCCCCUGACAAGUACCUCCUGAGCCAAACAAAGGGUAUCAUCGGUGCUGAUAUUGUUCAUUACUACCUUUACUGCAACCAGACCCUCUCCAACCCCUUCCAGCAGCCUCUAACCAUCUUCCAGAGGUCCCUCACCACCAUGCAGAUCCAGAUCCAGGGUCUACUGCAAUUUGCUGUGCCUCUGUUCCCUACAGCUGAGAGAGACCUGCUGGGUAUCCAACAUUUGCUCAACUCCUCAGAGGCCAGUCUGCACCAGCUGACUGCCCUGUUGGACUGCAGGGGGCUCAACAAGGACUACCUGGAUGCAAUGGUCGGGGUGUGCUAUGACGGCGUGGAGGGUGUGCUCUACCUCUGCCUCUUCUCCACCCUUGCAGCCUGUGCCUUCACUGUCAUGCUGUGUGCCAUUCCCAGGGCAUGGAGACAAAUUGCCUGCAGGGAACGAGAUUACGACGACAUCGACGAGGAGGAUCCGUUCAACCCGCGCGCGAGGAGGAUAGGCUCUCAGAAUCCCAACCUCACCAACAUGCACAGCUUCUGCAGCUACAGCAGCAGCAUGGGCAGCCAGACCAGCCUCCACCCGCCCGCACCAGCUGUCUCCAACGCCCCCAUGUCUGAGUACAUGAACCAGACAGCUCUGUUCGGGGGAAAUCCACGGUACGAGAACGUGCCUCUGAUAGGACGAGGCUCUCCACCCCCGUCGAUAUACUCUCAGCAGUAUAGAAACCGAUACUCUCCCAGUAUGAGGGCCACCUACCUGUCCAUGACCGAGGAACAGAGAAGACAGUUUGGCAACGACUUCCAAGCAUAGACUUCUUUAUCUGUCCGAGGAGGGAAACGGCAUCACCCAACACACAUUCACACACACACACACACACACACACACACACACACACACACACGCACACACACACGCUCAACAGACAAAGAGUGUGUGGCUGUUCCAAGCAUCACAGAGGACAGUGUGUAACAUCUUGUAAGUCCAGCAGUACUCCAUUCUGGCAGUCUUUUGGGGACGAUGGAUCCAUAUCUGUACUGGUCUCUGUGUGUCGUACGCUCAUAAAUGAUUAAUCACACUUUUCUGUCACUCGUGGGGGGAACUUGCUAAAUAUUUUUGACACGCGCUGUCGAACUUAACCUGCUCUUAAUACAUUGUGUUCCUUCGCUACCUGACACGUUAGUCGUCAGGCUGCGUCACAUGUCGGUGAAGCAUUGGGGGGAGGGGGGGGAACAAGGUGCGAUGGCAAAGAUUCGACUCUUCACGAAGACGAAACAGAUGAUAGAGGAUUAAUCUCUCACUGCAGUAAAACAUUAAGAAACAUGUUCGCAAAAUAAAUCAAUUUUUUAAAAAUAUUCGUCUCUCCUGUUCCAACAAGAUCUUUCCAAAACGUACAUUCUGGUCUCCAAAGAUGAACAUGUGAUAAAGCUGAUGUAAACGUGGCAUAUCAUUUUUUAUGUAUUGUGCUUCGUGCUUGAUAUUUGUGAAGCACAAACCCAGCACUGGCAGCACACAGCAGGAGGUAUUGUUGAGGUAUCAUUUAUUUAUAUUCGCACACAGACAUGCCUGCAAGUGAAGCUUUAUGUUUCUAAAUCUCCUGGAGACGAGACUACCUUGAGACCAUGGCUUCUGUAUAUAAGUUGUACAAUAACAGACUGUUGACUCAUUGUCAUGUGGAUUAUUUUUGUUUAAACAAUGUGCCAUUUUUAUAUAUUUUUUUGUAUUUUCUAAAGGGCCAUUAAUUCAUGUUUUCUGCAUAUCUAAUCCGACUAAUACAAAAAAGUUGUAGUCUUUUUCAUUACUUGGGAAGCUGUGCUGCUCUAACCAUGAUUCAUUGAAAAUAUUCAGGUAAUUAUUUUCAUCACUUCAAACCACCCAAACAGUACAGUUUGUAUUGACUAACAAUUGUUUUUCUGUAGGGAUUUAAUACAUGCAGUUUUGUCUAUUAAUUAUUUUCUUUAGUGUCAUUUCUUUCAGCAUGUGACAUUGUACAGGCACUGAGAGUGGUGCUUAAUUUUGUGUGUGACCUUAAAAACUUCAGGGUCUAAUUGUGAGUUGAAUAAAUAAGUUUUGAGUACAA